AUGGGAACCUUCGAAGGACACCUGUUGGUAGGAACAGGCUUCUUCCUGUUAGCUGUCUACUAUUCCUUGCUAACAUCCUUGGCCCUGCUCCGGAAACAGAUGGUGCUCAAGCACCCCUUGCUCCCGAAGAAGCUGCUGGGACACAGGCUGUUUUGGAAGGUAUCCUAUGAAGCACUGACAAAGGUGGUUGUUCUCUCUAUUUGUAUCAUUGAUGAAUACUUCUACCCCCCAGGAGUCAACCGUCUGAAGAUGAUAGACUGGGAGGACCCUUGGCGAGUGUUUAUUUUCAAGGACAACUGGGAGCAUAUAACCAUGUUUGGGUUCUUUUUGCUCAGUGGCAUAGUGGACAUUGUGAGCCAGGCACAUCUGACACGUUGGAGUGUGAAGCUGGAGCGUGCAGCCGAAGCCCUGGCUUUCUAUGUGAUGGUACUGCUGAUGAUAACCCACAUUGAGAACAAAAGCGCCUUGGAAAUCCGAGUGCAUCUUCUGUUAGUCUUGCCUGCCUUCUUGCUUGCUCUGGUGCUCACUGUGGAGAUCUGGAUCCCUGACAAUGUCCCACUCUGGGUCUUCAAGAGCUGGAUGGCACUGGUGUUAAGCACUUGGAUGAUGCAGAUCUGUGAGAUGUAUAUACCUUUCACUGGACAGCCCUGGAGGGCAGACAGCCUUGUGGACCUGGGAUUUCUAACCAUCUUCUUCUGCUGGCACCUGGCCUUAGGGAUGGCCUUGUUCAUUGCCAUCUAUGGCCCCUGCAGUCUCUGGCACUGUCACCAUUCUUCCUGGACAAAGCCUCUUGAGAUGAGGUACCAUCGGUGCUCUAUGGGAUCCAGUGGUGAAGAACUAGAAAAGCUCACUGCAGAACCUGUGCCACAGAAUGGAGGUGUAUAG